GACACAUGCAGUGUAGCACGCUUGGUGUCCCAUCUCUCUACCGAUUUUAAAAGCCAUUACACUUUCCUACACCGCACGGCUCACUAACUCGCUCUCACUCCAAACGUAAGCCAGCUCAGCUCGCCGCUGCACACACGCACCGACGCACAGCAGAGAGCUCGAGCAGCCAUGAGCAAGGAGAAGCACCACCGCCACGAGCACCACCUCCGCCGCUGCUGCGGCGGCCUGGCCUCCUGCCUCCUCGCGCUGGUACUCAUCGUCGCCUUCAUCGCGCUCGUCGUCUACCUCGCGCUGCGCCCCUCCAAGCCGGCCUUCUACCUGCAGGACCUGCAGCUCCGCCACCCCAUCUCCCUGGGCGACCCGUCCCUCACCGCCGAAGCGCAGGUCACGCUCGCCUCCCGCAACCCCAACGACCGCGUCGGCAUCCUCUACAGGCGGCUCGACGUGUUCGUCACCUACCGCGACGAGCCCAUCACCGUGCCCGUCUCGCUGCUGCCGGCGCCGCUGUACCAGGGCCACCGCGACGUCGCCGUCUGGUCCCCCGUGCUGUCGGCCGAGGACGUGCCCGUGGCAGGCUACGUCGCCGAUGCCAUGAAGCAGGACGUCGCCGCGGGGUACGUCGCCUUAGAGGUCAGGGUCGACGGCCGGGUCAAGUGGAAGGUCGGGAGCUGGGUCUCCGGGAGCUACCACCUCUUCGUCAGCUGCCCCGCCGUGCUCUCCGCCGGCUACCCUGGCGCCGGCGGCAAUGGCACCGUGGCGGACCUCAAGUUCGUGCAGCCGACAGGAUGCAGCGUCGAGGUGUGACGUGCUAGCUCAAGUAUAGCGCGGGUAGUGGCAAAGUGGAAAUUGAAUUUUCUUCGAGUAAAUCGUUAAUUAUGCUGUUAGUUUUGUUCAUGUCUCGUGCAUGUGGGACAAUAAAUUUAUGUCAAAUACACGUCGCCACUCCAAAACUUGGACUCAAUUGUAUUGAAAUAUACAUGUAUGAUUUGUUUCUGUA